UUUUUCAAGGCAGUCAGUGAAGGCAAGUGGAAGGCAUGAUCCCCUCCUCAGACAAAGAUCUCAACGGGUUAGAUAACCCCAGCUUUUUGGGUGAAGAUGGUAGCAACUGCUCUUCCUCACCAGCUCAUGCUGCCUGGGGCCCAGAGAAAGGUGGGGGCWCUGGCCAUGGUGGAAUAGAGCUUGGCUACACUGUCAGUGAUGUGCCUCCUUGGCAUCUGUGCAUUCUGCUGGGCAUUCAGCACUUCUUGACAGCCAUGGGAGGUCUUGUUGCCAUUCCGCUGAUCCUCUCCAAAGGGCUUUGCCUUCAGAAUGACCURCUGACCCAGAGCCACCUGAUCAGCACCAUCUUCUUUGUCUCAGGAAUYUGCACCAUGCUGCAGGUCCUCCUGGGAGUCAGGCUGCCUAUUGUACAAGGAGGGACUUUCACAUUUGUGACCCCCACCUUGGCAAUGCUGUCUCUCCCCAGUUGGAAGUGCCCUGCCUGGACCCAGAAUGCCACCCUGGUGAAUACCUCCUCACCAGAAUUCAUCCAAGUCUGGCAGACACGGAUGAGAGAGGUGCAAGGAGCUAUUGUUGUAGCUUCCUGCUUUCAAAUCUUCGUUGGAUUUUCUGGCCUGAUUGGAUUUCUGAUGAGGUUCAUCGGCCCCCUGACAAUUGCCCCCACCAUCACCUUGGUUGCACUACCUCUGUUUGAGUCAGCGGGGGAUAUGGCUGGGGAGCACUGGGGCAUAGCAUUCAUGACUAUUUUUUUCAUAAUUCUGUUCUCUCAGUACCUGAAAAAUGUUGCUGUGCCAYUGCCAUCUUACCAGAGAGGCAAGAAGUGCCACUUCUUUCCAGUCUACCUCUUCCAGAUCUUCCCGGUGCUGCUGGGGCUCUCUCUGAGCUGGCUGCUGUGCUACAUGCUGACAGUGACCGGCGUCCUCCCUGCGGACCCCACCGCCUACGGCCACAUGGCCCGGACGGACACUCGUGGGGACGUUCUGUCGCAGGCUCCUUGGUUUCGGCUGCCUUAUCCAGGCCAGUGGGGAAAGCCGACGGUCAGCCUGGCCGGCAUCUUCGGCCUCCUAGCCGGGGUGAUCUCCUCCAUGCUGGAGUCCGUGGGCGAUUACUUCGCGUGUGCCCGCCUGUGCGGGGCUCCGCCGCCGCCAAAACACGCCAUCAGCCGCGGCAUCGGGGUGGAGGGCAUCGGCUGCCUCCUGGCUGGGGCCUGGGGCACGGGCAGCGGCACCACAUCCUACAGCGAGAACGUGGGGGCCCUGGGCAUCACCAAGGUCGGGAGUCGGAUGGUGAUCAUUGCUGGUGCCUGUGCCAUGCUCCUGAGCGGCAUCUUCGGGAAAGUUGGGGCARUGCUUGCCAGCAUUCCCACCCCUGUGAUUGGAGGCAUGUUCCUUGUGAUAUUUGGAGUUAUUGCGGCAGUGGGGAUUUCCAAUUUACAGUAUACAGAUAUGAACUCCUCAAGAAACAUCUUUGUUUUUGGAUUUUCUGUAUUUGCUGGCCUCACAAUUCCCAGCUGGGCUAGCAAGAACAGUACACUGCUGGAAACAGGAAUCAUCCAGCUUGACCAAGUGAUCCUGGUGCUUCUCACCACUAGCAUGUUUGUGGGUGGACUUCUGGGCUUUAUCCUGGACAACACCAUUCCAGGAACACAGGAGGAGCGGGGGCUCCUGGCAUGGAAGCAAAGCCAAGAGGGAGGAAUGGAGAGCUCCCAGCUCAUUUCCAAGGUCUAUGAUCUUCCAUUUGGCAUAGGCACCAAAUACUGUGAUGUCUCUUGGUUUCGUUGUCUCCUUGCUUGCCUCAAAAGACCCUCUGGUGACAAGAGAAUGAAUGAACUGAAGACUGUUGGACAGAAAAACAGCGUUAAGGCAGGCUUAGAAAGGGACUCUGAGAUGGGUGCUGAUACGGCAAUAUAAG